UUGAGGGAUACUUUACCUUAAAAAGGUAAUAUGAGGUGAUUUUAAGUACUUGAGCAGGAUUGACUAUCCCUGAUUUGUAUUUCUAGUGUGCGUAAUAAUAUUUUAUAUUAUUUUCUUUUUAUUAAAUUAAGAAGGUAGCACUUUCUCAGCUCAAAGUCGUCAUCAAUUACAGUGCCCUCUAGAGCAGGAAUGCGCAAAACUUUUCAAUGAAUUCUACUUUUGUUUAUUCAAGGACAAAUUUUGUUUACCAUGUAUGCAUACAGGCUAAUAUCUCUCAAAUCAGAUUUUAUUAUGCUUAAAUUUGCAUUAACUAUUAUAGUUAUAAAUUACUGUUGAUACACAGCAAUACAGUAUGAAAAUUUUUACCAUCUGCUUGAUGUGUGACCAUGAUUUGGACAAUUGACCUUUUAAAACACAAUCGAGAGGAGCUGCAUCACAAAUCACGAGUGUGAGACCGGAGGGAAGAUAUUGUUAAAGUUGUACUUCCUAGUCUACAAUACUUACCUUAGAAUUAAAAAGCAUGUAGGUUAACCCAGCUUAAAUUAUGUCAAGGGUUUCACUUCGUCCUGUACACAUAAUCAGAUGGUUGGUUUUGGCCCUACUGAUCUUAGGCUUCCUAUUUUGGCUUUGGGAGCGAAGGGAGUUCCACAUCGAGGAGGCAAAACUCUUGGCUGGUCUGAUUGUAAGAAAAGAGAUUGAACCACCAUCCCUAAGAAAUGUAGGGAGACAGUUCACUAUUGAUGGCAAAAAUGUACUGCUUCUGGGUGGCAGCCUGCAUUAUUUCAGGGUCGUACCCGAGUAUUGGAAGGACAGGAUGAUAAAAAUGAAAGCUUGUGGUCUGAACACAAUAACAACGUACAUUCCCUGGAAUAUGCAUGAAGAGGUGAAAGGUGAAUUUGAAUUUUCUGGAAUGCUAGAUAUUGUUGCUUUUCUACGGCUUGCAAUGGAGUUGGACUUCUAUGUCAUCCUAAGACCUGGUCCCUACAUCUGUGCUGAAUUGGAUUUUGGUGGGUUACCAAGCUGGCUUUUACACGAUCCAGAUAUGAAAAUUAGGUCAACAUAUCCCUUGUUUGUAGACGCUGUUGAGCGGUACUUUGACAGCCUACUGCCUCUAGUCACCCCAUACCAGUAUCAUCUUGGUGGGCCUGUCAUUGCAUUUCAAGUUGAGAAUGAAUAUGGGCACUUUGGAUCCGAUGUCAAUUACAUGAACGCAAUUAAGGAGAUACUAUUAACCAGAGGAGUUAAGGAGAUGUUGUUGACUUCUGUUACAAGUGGUCGCCUCAAGCAAGGGUACAUGCCUGGAGUUCUAAUGACAGUAAAUUUUGAGAAGGAUGCAAACAGGCAUUUUGGAAUGGUUAGGAAACUACAGGGUGAUGAUGUGCCAUUGAUGGUGAUGGAAUUUUGGCCAGGGUAGUUUGACCACUGGAGUGAAAAGCAUCAUAUAUAUCCCUCAAAAGGUCUCGUAACGGCUGUAAAGGAAGUCAUAAAGCUUCAAGCAUCUAUUAACUUCUACAUGUUUCACGGUGGCACAACCUUUGGAUUUUGGAAUGGUGCCAACAUAGUUAAUCAUCGAACAUAUCAACCAGAUGUUACAAGCUAUGAUUAUGAUGCUCCUCUUUCUGAAGCUGGGGAUGCCACUGAAAAGUAUUUCAAGAUUAAAGCCCUUUUGAAGGAGCAAACACCUAAAGGAGUUGUUCCUGGUCGUUUGCCCAACAUUCCUGUGUCUCUUGGUAAAAUAGCAUAUGGAGAAGUUACUAUCACUCAUUUCAUUACUUUGGAGGACAUGCUACCUCUUCUUGGCACAACUUUUAAAUCUAAAAAAGUCAUGCCGAUGGAGAUGUUACCAAUAAAUAAUAAUGGCGGUCAAGGAUACGGCUACAUACUCUAUAGGACAAAGGUCACAGGAGCAGCCAGUGAACUAGAUUUUGUUCAGCUACCUCAAGAUAGAGCUCAGGUCUUUUUUGGUGGCCACCCAGCAGGGGUCAUAUCAAGAUCAAAGGUCAACCCUGUCAAACUUCUGAACCUGGAAGAAGUGAAGAAGGAAAUAAAUGAGUUGAAAUCUGAUGACAUCGUUACACUUGAUAUUCUUGUGGAAAAUCAAGGAAGACUUAGUGCUAAGAAAGACAUGAUUUCUGAAAGGAAAGGAUUACUAGAGGAUGUAGAAGUGAAUGGAAAGGUAGAGACAGACUGGUUAAUUUAUCCCUUGGAAUUUAAGAAGCCAUUCAUGGAAGGAGUGAUGGCAGCAGACAGAUGGCAGGUUAUGAGGCCUGGGAUCAAAGUACCGGCACUUUAUAAAGGAUCCUUUGAAAUACCAUAUAGGACACCAAAGGACACAUUCUUGAGCAUGGAGGGCUGGGAUAAAGGCAUUGUAUUUAUAAACAGCUUCAACAUUGGAAGGUAUUGGAGAAUAGGACCACAAAAAACCUACUAUGUUCCAGGACCACUGUUGAAGGCAGGCAGAAAUGAGAUUGUUAUUUUUGAGCAGCAUCAAAGUGCUGAGAAGGUUACUUUUGUAGGUAAACCUGAUCUCGGCCCAACGGUACGCAGAGAUACGUGGAACCUAUAAGGCAGUUGAAUUGUAACAGUAUAGGAAGGCACUGGUAGAAUAGACUAUUCCACAAAUUUGUCAACUCAUUGGGAGUAAUCUCCACAAAUUUAAACUGAAAUCAUUUAUUCGUCCUUAAAAAUGAAAAUGCAUUUUAAAGUGACAGAACUGUGUGGAAUAUGGGCCAUGUGCACGGAAAAGAGUAGGGGAUUAUUGUCUCCCGGUGUACCGCACAUAGAAGGGAGCACUUCGAUUGCACGACGACGGUAGGACGUAGAACGUAAUGACGUCACUAAAAGUCAUCUGCGCAUGCGAGAACGUUAAGG